AUGGUGUUGGAGUAUGCCUCUAGACUACGCCUGAAUAGCUCAAGCGACUCUCAUCCCCAGCUGGAAGUUUGUGGCUUUCCUAGUAGCGGCUUUUAUGUCUAUCGUAAUCUCCUGUGCUCACAUGCCACGUCAUAUCCAGGAUAUGAUCUACUCGCCUUGGUCAAGGAAAGAAAGAAGCCCAGUCUUAUCGCCUUAGGAUUCGCAGUGGCUAGAAAACGCAGUAUCAGACUCAAGAAUCCAUUAGUAUCUAAAUCAAGUAUGUCAAUUCAGUGUGGAUCUCGCAGCUCAGAGCUUCGCAAACACGUUUUACAAUCUUGCAGGAAGAUAGCAGAGCCUACUCACGAACUCAAGAAAGCCCAAACGCAUCUCCGUGAAACAGAGAGCGGAACAUUACUGGAAGAGAGGCAAUCCGUACCAUCCCUUGAAUGGCUUUCGGGUCUUCGAAAGAAGAAUUGCAUGAUUCCUAUAGCCUCACUGCUUGAACCCUACACGAUGCAUCUGACUUGGUGGCUAGAUUCCGAAGAAAAUAGGCCUUUUUAUUCUCAAUGCGCUGUUGUUACACUACACUCGCAAUCUAACCAGAACCUGAGAUCAUUUCGAAUAGUGAACGGUGUCCUUCCUCAUGCUUUGAUGGAUGAAAAAGGCCUACAUACUAUCGGGGAGAGCUGCACUGUUGGGAAGGUAUACAUCUUUCCAUUAGCAAGUCACCGUCUUGUCGGGGGAAUUUCCUUCUACCACUGGUCUUCCGCCUCAACUCAGUUAAAUUGCCGCGUGACGAAACUGUCUCUAGUCGUCCCUUAUGAUAUCAGAAGCCGAGAUUGUGAAUGCCAGCUUUACCCAACGCAAGAGUUGCGAAUGGGUGAAAUAUGGCCUGAAGCAAACAUGCGAGCCGAAACACAACAUUCUAUUCCUGAUAGUCUAGGAACAAGGAUAUUCAAAGAUGGUGAAUGCGAAAUCUUGAAUAUUCAUUGA